AGACAGACAGACAGACAGUGUGUGAGAUAGACAGACGAGGUGGGGCUCAGGGGAACCAUUCUGUACAGGAGGGUUAGCUUCUUAUCCAGCACACACACUUCUACAUUGUUAAUCAACCAAAUCACCAAAAACAGCUUUUCUUCUGUCUUGUUGUCUUCACACUACUUUGAGGGUGCUGACUUUCACAUGUUGACCGACCGGAAAAUGACUGUCUUUUGAUGUUGACCAGUCUGCAACAGAAGUCUUGAGGAUGAUUUGAAGCCAUCACGCAGGCUAUAGCUACGUUAUGACUGAAUUAGAAGCCUCAGGGGUGGAGGAACAUCCCCUACCCUACAUGAUCUUUGUGGUGGUCUUCCUCUUCUUCCUCACCGGACUGCUGGGCUUCCUCAUCUGCCACCUGCUGAAGAAGCAGGGCUACCGCUGCCGCACCGGAGACAUGGACGACCCAGACGAGGAGGCGGAGGAGGAGAAGAAGCUUGGAGGAAAUGCAGACGAUGAAGACGAGGAGAACCAGGACACAGUGGAGCAGAUCCUCAAAUGCAUUAUUGAAAAUGAAGCUAACAUGGAAGCCUUCAAUGAGAUGUUUGGGAACCAAAAUGUAUGUGUGCGCCAUGACCCCAGGCUGCGUAAGGAGUCCAUUGGUGGUGUUCCUCCCCAUCACCAUACAGUCCACUCAGGCACCGACCACAACUCCUGCCACCUCUGUGCCCAGGUCCGGUCUAAAAAGGGCCGACGACAAAGCCGAACCCCCCGCUCUAAACAACGACCUGGAGAGCAGACUGUCUUCUCUGUUGGCAGGUUCCGGGUGACACACACUGAUAAGAAGCUCCAUGGAGGUCCCAAUCCAUUGGUCAUUUCAGGGGACCAGCUGGACCAGUCCCAGGACAGCGACGAUCGGAAGGAAGGCGGGUACAAUCUAAGAAGCAUGUUCAAGGAUGUCCGACCGCCGUUAGAGGGCUCCAAUGGGGUCGCUCCGAAUGUGGGAAAACGUAGGAAGAGCCUUGGCAUAUUCGGGCUGAGGCGGAGCAGCGACCCCGUUGGCAUUAAAGUAAGAGAGGGGACAGGCACAGAGAGCGGAGGUGUUAGAUUCACUAUUCAACAGCAACCUGUAGUGCUUGAGGAAGUGUUGCAGGCAGAGAACAUUGAAAUCACCCCUGAACGUGGUACGAAACCUGGUAUCAAACCUGAAACCGAACCCUCUAAGAGUCAAACGCUUGCUUCACCUCAAUGUGAGGCUAAGACUUCAGGUUCUGUUAAUUCUCCCUCGACCCAAAGUAAGGAUCGGGCCCAGGGCUCUACGUCUGCUCCUGAGAAGGGCUAUAAACAUGAGCCCAGUCCUGAACCUCGUACCAACCUUCUGGUCACACGGUCUGUUGGGACCACAGCAGCCCCUGCCCCCAGCUCUCUUCACAUUCCAUCUCCUGCUUUUAAGACAACAGAGAAACAAGGAGAUGUUGGUGGGAAGGUGUUAAAAAAGGAGGAGGCAUUUGAUCCUGGGCCGCUACAGACCUCUACACCUAUUGCCCCCAUGCCUGGAUCCAGUCCAGGUUUCACUCUUGGCAUUACUUGUCAACCUGAUCCCUGUUCUAGCACAGGUUUUCCAGUUACCCGAACUCCCCCUGACCCAAGCUCCAGUCCAGAUCUGGAAUCAGGUUGUGGUGCUAGCCUUGCUUUAAUAAGCUUAGGCUCAUCCCCUCCAUCUUCAGUCUCUUUGUUACAAACUCCUAUCUCACCCGUGCCGGUCACACCGAGCCCCAAAAUUAGCUCAAGACAUAAGCCAUCAGAGGCUGCCCUCACUCCAAGCCCCAAACUCCCAUCGGGCCGAGCCAUGUCUAGCCAAUCCCCUAUUCCAUCUUCAUCCGUUGGAAAAAGUGCUAGUCCAUUACAAGCCCGAACUCCCUCACCUGCUUUUACUGCUAGCCCCAAACUUGACACCAUGCCAGUAUCACCACAAACCCCCUCUACUUCUCCAGCAGACCAAAACCCAUCCUUCGGAAGUUCACCUCGUCCGACUUUGAUGUCAGAAAUUGAGACAUCUAUAACAUCUAUGGCCAAAGGGGAUAAGACUUCAAAGCCAUUCUCUCAGAAGGAACAAGAACUGGAAGGAGCCAGACUCCCAAAGACAGGAGAAAAAACAGAAAUAAUGAGGGUGGGGAUUCUCAAAACUGCUAAACCUUCACCAGUUGAGGGAGAUUCUAAAGGUCCUGCCCUUUACUCUUCCAUUGAUCAGCUUUCUAAAGACAGACUGAGCAGUUUGCCUCUGUCGCCUUCCAGUCCCCUGUCCCCCUCCUCACCUAUAGGGAGCAGAAUAAGUAGUGUGGCCAUCGUCAAAGCCAGCCCUGACAGCAAGAGAGAGUUUUCCGUUGUCACUAUGGUGGAGGAGAAAGAAUCCUCUACGUCAAUAAAAGACCAGAUAGGAGCAACUUCUGAACUCCGGGUUGAAUCAGAAAAUGCGGGAAUUAGUCCAGCAGUUGGUCAGGGAGGAGAGGUUUAUGUUUCAGGCGUUGGACAACCUGAAAGUCAAAGUGGAGAGACUUCUGGAACAGAGGUUAGGCCAAGGGUGAGCCAAGAGAAGGAUGAUAUGGUGGAGAUGGAAGAUAUUAGGGACUGCAAAGUGACGCAGGUCGAAGAAGCAGAGAGGGUGGAGGAGGAGUUGGAGAAGAUGGACAACACUUGGUCAAAACAGGACUGAUGGCCGAGAGUUCAGCUCUGAUAAUCCAAAGAAAGAAGUGAAGAGCGGCACCACUCAGCGGACUAUAGGAAAUAAUACAUGUAGUAAUAAUACAAUCAAGCAAUUAUGAACACGCCUUAAAUUGAGAGCGAGACUGGACUGGCUGUUUAACUGACUUGCUGUUUGACGAAAGGAAAAUGAAACUCUUCUACUGCUAGAUUUAAAAGAUAAUAUGAUGGAUGUUGCAUGUUUUAGCCUUUUUUAACCACAAAUCACAUAUACUUUAUGUCAUUGUUGAACAUUUUGUUUUAGAUUUGUGAAGGGUUUUUCCUACUUUUAUGGACAUUUGCUUCCAUUUAUUUCUGAACAGAGUCUACAGCCAUGUUAGCGGCUCUGUGAGGCUGUACGUAGCACGACGCAUAGCUAAAUGCUAACGUCAGUAUGCUAACGUGCCCACAAUGACAAUGUUAUCCAGUAUUGGACAAAGUGGAUUUUUCAAUCCGGGCAAAAGUGAUGGACCCUCAAACUGACUGAACGUCAGACUGAUAUUGCCAUCCCUGUAGCCCCCGCCACUAGUCUGGCUAAAAAUCAAUUACUGGACUUGAUGUUAAUUGUCCUGUAUUACACAGCUCAAGAAAGUUUCAAGAUUUUCAUAUCAUAAGGAAACUAUUGAAAAACAAAUGGCUCCAACUACCGCUACUCGUCACCGGUGCUGCCAAAAGAGAACAAAACAGCGAUCUUGGAGAUUGUAACUUUAAAUCUCAUCUAAGUAUCAUUGCAGGGCAGAGUUUUCUUUUGACUAAAUUGUUUAAUAGUGACAGGCUGACCACUUGGCUGGCUGACGGAUUAGUUAACAUCUGGAUGUUUAGUUGACUUGGUAAUGGACUGAUUCGAUUUGAAUGUUUGCUGUGUGAUUCAUUUAUUGAUUUGGUAGCCAUGAUGAUUGUUUAUUGAUGUAUAAAGGUGCUAAGGUCUCUAAUCUCAUCUAUUGAUCCUGCUGAUUGUUAAUCAGAUCAACAGCACAAACACAGGGGAGCAACAGUGGCUCUAUCGGCAGCUUGGCCAGUGGAGAUUUAGUGAAUUUGCAAGUUCAUGCAGUUAUUAUUGACCCUUAUGCUAUGCUGUAGUGGCUUUUGGCAGUAGCCUGCAGUAUGUUGCCAGGUGUUCACUCCAAGUUGUCCCCUUUUUUCUCCAAAUGUGGAGUGAAGAAAUAAGGACUCCAUCCUUCACUGGCUUCCCACCAUGCAAAGAGUAACCAGUUGUUUUGAAAACAGGUCUUAUGUGAUAUUAUUCUUAGCACCAGCGGACACCCUGUUGGCAGUCACUUAUGUGACCAUAUACAGAAGUCCCACUGGUUCCCUGGUAUAUUACCACUAUAGCAGUAGAAGUACAGUAGUCACUUCUACAGGUAAAUAUGCCACUGGAUACCAGUCCCUCCAGUCAAAGAAUAGUCUUCUGGAAAUAAUAUAUAUCAAGUAAAAGAUUGGAUUUUUUUCAAGUCUUGUUAUUCCCAAUACUUCUUUCUGCUCAUGCCGUUUUGUAAUGUGUUCGACAUAAAUUGAACCAGGAAAAUGCAAAACAAUGGCAAAUGAUAGCUAUGAUAGAAAGUACAGCCAUAGACUCUGCACUCUGUACUGGUCAUCGUAAUAUCAAGCAGUACAUGCCAAUGCUUAUGAAAUAAGGUCUCAGAAUACAGAGACAUGACAGAAUACACUCUGCAGUCCUUAAAGCUGUGAAACCUAAAAUGAAUGUAUUUUAUAGUAAGAUGGAGUAUUUUAAAUUGGUCGAACUUGUAAAGCCUCUACAGCAGUCUGGUGAUAUUGUACAUUGGUGACUACAGUGGAACUCUCCAUUGAUAUGCCUUCUGUUCACCCUCAUGUGAUCACACAGUAGAACUCAACAUUAUAUGUAUCACCUGCAAUUUUUAAAACUACCACUAAUCCCAACAUUGGAGCAGCCUGGUUACAGCUGUGUGAUGCUAUACAUAAAGUAUAUAUACACCCCUUCAGUUUUACUGUGUCUCUAUACUCUCUAAAUACAAAACUACUACAAUAACAAGGCCAUAAUAUACCCUGCAGCAACCAUCUAAAGGUGUGGUCCAGAGUGCAUAUUGUGUAAAAUGGUGUCCAUUUAGACUACAUUUUAAAGGAAACUACAUUUAUUACAACCUUGGUUUAAUUUUUGUACUUUUAGUAGAACAACUGAAAUAAUCAUAACAUCUGUGAGCAGCAAUAGUAGUUAAACAAAAUUUGGUUUCACAAGACUUUGGGUUUGUUCAAAGCCCUUUGACUGCUCGUGUAGAUGAUAAAAGCGCUAUCAUAAGCUAUAUCCAUAGGACUGGUCGCUAACAUUACAAAAAGAUGAAGAUCCAGGUUGUAAAAAACAUAUUUUCCUUUAAGACAGAACAAGGCUUCCAAAGCACUCUUGGUAGAUAAAGGGAAAAGCAGGCUUCCCAAUGCUUAGCUUUGUCAAUGUUAUGGUAAUUAUUAAGGAUAAGACAAAUUGUUAAGUAAUGAUCUGAAGCAUUUUUAUAUCAACCCACAUUCAGUUCAUUCAGUGUGUCUGUGUCUGAACUAGGUAGUUACUGUGAAUGAAGAAAACUAAAGCUAAAGACAUUUGAACUUAAUCAACAAAAAGUCCAAAAAAAGAAGAUGUCACAGUACUGGCCACGCAUUGCAGUGCACUUAGGAACGAAGGAAGAGAAGACAAAGCAAUACAUCAGUUGAAGAUUACCACUUUAAGUAGUGUAUGUUGUUUUGAAGAAGGAAAGACAUAAAGGAAGGUUUUAAAAUCAAAUUGCCGGAACCCUAACCCAAACUACAUAAAAAAAACCUGCAAUAUAUAAAGAAUAAUACAAUCUGCUCAAUCUGUUCACUUGACAUUUUGUGCCAGAAGCAACUAUGACUUUACUUUCAUAUUAUGAUCACUUGUUUUCAUAUAAUUAUGACUUUAAUUUUAAGAUAUUACACAUUUUUCUCAUAAUAAUGACUUUUUUCUCCUUAUGUAUUUCAGCUUCAUUCUCAAAACCUUUAGAGUAUACUUCCUCAUAGUGGCCCUUACACACUGUCGUGCAGAACUAUUAAUCCUCCAAAAGAAGAAGGACACUUUUACUUCCUGCAUGGCGACAGUUCCUAAAGGGUCUGUUCCCCAGUAAAAAUCCAGUGUGUCACUUACAAUCAAUUUGCCUCCGUGGUUGUGCCCAGGUUUUCAGAUAGCUGCCUCUGAACGUUGAUCCACAAAAUAGUGAAGGUGAAUGAAAUUUCCUUCCCAGAUACAAUUAGUGUUAAGGAUGAAAACAUGUAUGUAAUUGAUAUAGUUUCAGUGAAAUGAACCUAUAAGACAGCAAUGUGGGCAUCCCUCUUGUAUGUCAUAAGAAACACAAGAAGGGAAUCUUUAUUUGUUAAGAUUAGCUGGCAUUCAGCCCAGUGUACGGUGCAGCCGAGCCUCUGUCCCUGGAGACUCCAGCUCUCCAGAGACCGGGUCCAACAGAAGGAGUUUAUAAGACAAAGCUCAAAGGUUAAAGGUCAUUUCCUGGCCUUUAUGGGAAAGCAGCCCAGAGGCCUGUAGUCUGCUGACCCAGUUUUCCUCUUUCUUUUCCCCCCAAAUAUUCAUUUCAGCCAUCUUCCUUUUGGCUGUGUGACCUGUGGACAGAAUGUCUCUAAAGUCUAAAGCUGUGUUCAGCAGGAAAUACAGUAGGCUACCGUAUCUUUAUCCAGACCUCUGCAGGAUGUUAAGGUACUUUAAUGAUCUGUUGAUGUUUGGAGUUUUUUCUUAGGAAUGGUGAUGGUGACAGUUUGUGUGUCACCCUCUGCUGGUUCCAAACACAUCACACAUCCACACGUCAGAGGGUUUCCAUCACCACCUUCAUCACUGCAGGAAAUGAUGUCAUCAACAAAUUUAUUCCAAGAAAUACAAACUGCUGUGUUACUUUUCAACACAGCAUAUGCUUCUCUGUUGGAAAACGAUUUACAAGAUAAUUCUCUAAAAGUGUGUGUAUGUGUAAAGAGCUCUUUUGAUUUUUACUAAUGCACUAUAUCUGUUGGCAAAAUGCAUCAUAUCUGUACAUUGCAUUGCAAAUAUAGAAUCAUGUAUAUAAAAGGGUAUGAGCUGUCUUAAUGGUGCAGCUAUCACUAGCCAUAAAGUGAAGCUCUGUGUGUCAGAUCCAUUUGGAGACAGUUGCAGUUAAAGUCAAAGGUCUGUCUGCCUAAGAACACGACCAUUUUAGUCAGGUCAGUGUUCUCUGAGUACGUAUAGAAGACGAGAUGAAGUCAUUUGAUUUACGAGAAUGUUUGACACAAGCUGACAUGCAUUGGAAUGAUUAUUGUAAAACGUAUAACACGAUUUUAAGAUACAACUUGAUCAUUUUAAAAGUCUAAUUAAACCAAGUACAACCAAAAAACUAAUAUGUCCAUGGUAAACAGAGUUUUAUAGCAGCAUAUUGAGACGUUGCCUGGUGAUUCUAGUGUAAAACAUUAGCCAGCAAACAUUUUUUGUUUAACUGUGUCCUUAGAAUCCUUUAACUGGGGCCCAGUGGUCUAGAGAUAUUAAAUAUUUUGGAACUAAUUCAGAGACAUUUAGUUACAGAGUGAAACUGAUCAGAAAGCUUAAUGUUGAAUCUCCAGAGAAUGAGCGUGGCACAAUUAUUAGGAAGAGCAGAUACAGAGUAUUUUAUUUAUUAAAGAUCCACAUGGCAUUUACAUUGCAGAUGCAUUGGUGUACUUGGAAAUUAAAUGUAAGGUUAUAGAAUCCAGAUCUUAUUGGCAGUAUUUAAACGGUGUGUGUAUGAAGUCUCUAGCUGGACAACUGCCUCUUAAAGGCCAAGUCACAAUCAGCCCAAAAUGUCAUGCACCAGCAACAGUACAAGCGUAUGAAUAUUAAAUAUUACCCUAAGGACCAGCUUAGCUCAGAGGUCCUGUGUGCUGCUUGUCUUUCCUGUUCCAUUUCAUUGUGUCUUCAGUACUGUUGAGUUAUUUUAACAAUGGGACCAAUAAAUAGAUUUUGGUCAGCUUGCAUUAUGUGUACCUGUUGCUGCACUGGGAUCUGGGGAAACUUGUUUAUUAUAAAUGCUACAGAAGAAUUGUGACAAUGAUACCAAAGUGGUGAGAUGUCAAGCAGCUAUUGAACUCAUGUUGCAACUUAUUAUUCUCCAUAAUCACUAAAAAUUCCUCAGAUCUGAUCAGACAGAACCACUUUUCUUUGACAGAUGUAUAAAGUAUUUUUCCUCCCUGGCAGGGCCUGGGCCGUAUGUACAGUACCUACACAGGCUAGGGAUGUAAAUAUGCACAUGUAUCAUAAUUUACUGAAAUAAAUACCAGAACUAUGCUUUUCA